CCGUUAUUGGUUUUUUUUCGUAAAUUUAUUUUUUUAAUAUCAUUUUAAUAUGGUUAAUCAAUCAGAGGCCCGUCAACACUAAAAGGUGUUAUCAUCCAAGAAACUUGAAACCGCAUCACCCUGUUUCUGUUACUGUUUCUGCGAUCAUAGUGGUCGAUAGAAAGGGACGGUGAGAAACACCAUCACGGCCCUUCCUUUGCUGCGUGAAACGCCGACGAGAAUUGCGUGCACCGAGGGAGACCACCGACGGCGACCGUCUGUCAGACCAGAGCAAUUGUCAGGCGUGGCGUUCUGGGGAAUACUGCCAACGUAAGGGGCACUUGUCACCGUUCGAAGGGGUGUCGGUGUCUUCUGAUGUUAUUGGGGGAGGCCACUCAGCCUCGACAAAAUCCGAAGAGAUAACCGAAGCCAAAUCCCCGCAUAAAGGAGGAGGAGGGAGGACGGACUCCAGCCUACGGUCGGGUCGGAAUCGGAUUAACCUCGGUCCAGAGGCAGGGAAAGCCAGAACGAUGGGGCUUCUCGUGGGAAGCCCCAGCUUCUUGCGGACUCCCCACUCCUCCUUUCCCUUCUCCAACCCUUUGUCGUCUUCUGUGCGCUCUUCGCAGAGGAAAGCUGCGAGGACGCGAUCACUGCUGGCUACGUGUUGUGCAAAUCGGGAGAGCCAUGUAGGUGCCGUAGUUACUCCUCCUAGAAGGGCGCUUCUCCUUGCGGGCAUCUCAGCUCUUCCCUUCUUGACACUUGGAGCAAUGGCUGCCGACGUUGUGGUUGUCCAAGAUAAACAAGAUGUCAAAGAACCAUAUGAUCAAGAUGUCAUAAUCACAGAAAAACAAGAUGAUAUAAAGCCAGAGAUACAAGAUCUUCAAGAUAGUGCACUGCAAGAUUCAUCUCAAGAGCCCAACCAAUUUGAGCAAGCAAAUCUACAAAAUGCACCAGCAAACUCUUCAAUUUCUUUACAAAAUGGGGUUGGAAUAAUUGUGUCAGGUGUUCUUGGUGCAUUAUAUGCAACAUCUCAGAAGGAAAAGACAGCUACCAAAUCCACCUUGGAAUCUCUGGAAAGCAAGCUGAAUGAAAAGGAAGCAGUGAUGUUUAUGAUGAAGGAGAACUUUGAGAAAAUGCUACAGAGGGAGCAGGAAGAAAAAAAGAAACAAGAGAGAAAGUUUGAGGAAGCCGAAACUUCUCUGCUAAAUCAACUGGCUUCGACAAGUGAGACUAAAGAAGCUUUGCUUCAAGAGCUACAAAAUGAGAGUAAACUAGUUGAAGAGCUUAGAGCACAAAUAAGUCAACUUGAGAGCAGUAUUACAAGAAUCGCUGCAGAAAAAAAUAAGCUUGAGGCUGAAUUUAAAGAAAAGGUGGAAAAUGUUGAUGUGCUACAAGAUAGAGUAGUCCUGCUUGGUUUGGAGAUAAAUGACACGGAGAAGAACAUUGAAAGUCUCAAAGUAUCCCUUUCUGAAAAUGAAUCAGAAUGUAAGAAGUUGAGCUCCAAUGUUGAACAGUUAAGGAACGAGCUUCCCCUUGCAAAUUCAACUAUUCAACAGUUGAAAGAGGAGUUACUUGGAACUAAAGCAGAAUUAAAUUCAAAGAUAUCUUUAAUUGAUUCUCUUAAUGAAAAGAUUCAGUCGUUAAGCUCAGAGAAAGACAACUGUGUGCAGAGAAUUAAGGAUCUCAUGAAAGACUAUGAUCAUUUGAAAACCUCUUCUGAUAGAAGAGCUGCCCAUGAUGCCGAACUCUUAUCUAAGAAAGAGGACCAAAUUCGUGAUAUUGAAGAAAAGCUUGAGCUUGCAAUAGCUGAAGGGAGGGACAAUAACGCAAUUAUUGCUGAGCUGAGAAAAGAAAAGGAUGAUCUCGAAGCAUUGCUGGAAAGAGAAGCAAGUACUGUGAAAAUUUUGAAAGGUGAGCUGCAGUCUACCCAAGAAGCACUGGGAGCUUCUAAGUUUGAAGCUUCCAAUCUGUCCAAAGAUCUCGAUGAGGCUAGAGAUUCAUAUGAGAAACUAAUGACUGAGGUUUCAAAGAUUCAGGAUGAUUUUAGUGAAACGAAGAAAACAUUAGCUGGUAGCCUUGAAGAGGCUAAGUCUAAUGCAAAAUUUCUUUCUGUUGAAUUAAUCUCAGUGAAGGCGGUCCUAAAGAAAACCAAAGAAGAACUCGACAUCACGUCCAAGGAAUUGAGAAAUGCUGUGGCUGAUCAUGAGAACUUGAAGAAGGAAUUGGUGGAAACCUAUAAAAGGCUAGAGGCUGCCAUGCAUGAAGUGAACGAAGAAAGGAAGGUAGUUUCUACUUUGAACAGAGAGCUUGAUGUGUUGGGAAAUCAAAUUCUGACCGACUCAGAAGCACGAAGAUCUCUUGAAGCAGAUCUGGAUGAGGCUACCAAAUCACUUGACGAGAUGAAUGAGAGUGCAUUAUUGCUGUCAAAAGAACUAGAGAGCAGUAAUUCUAGAAAUGUUAGCCUCGAAGCAGAGAAAGAGAUGCUGCUCAAAUCUCUCACGGAGCAAAAGAAAGUCACAAAAGAAGCUCAGGAAAAUAUCGAAGAUGCUCAGAACCUUGUUAUGAGGCUUGGAGGUGACAAGGAGAACUUAGAGAAGAGGGCUAAGAAGUUUGGAGAGGAAUUAGCAUCUGCAAAGGGCGAGAUACUACGGUUGAGGAGGCAGAUCAGUGUUGGGAAGGAAUCUGUAGACGAGCUCGAGCUCGAGCUCGAUCCAAAGGCCAAUGAAGCUGCAGCAGGCGCUCCUUUUUCGGUAAGAAAGACUGCUAAUAGGAGAAGAAAGAGAAGAAAUACAUGAGAAGUUUAUCAAAUGAGGAUGAAAUGCAGAAUGAGAAUACGUUUCUAUUGCAUAUUUUACCACCUCUUUCAGUUUCAGUAGUCAUACCUUUGCGGCCAUGUGCAUGAGCAGCGUCGUGCUUGAAGAGUCAUGUACCAUUUUCCCUGUAUUUGCGCCAAGCGGAUGCUAGUUCUGAGAACCACUUUAAAGCCACAUUGUUUUGUAUAGUUCUGAGAAAUCAAGGGCAGACUCCAUGGUGGCGCCCGCUGGCAUGCCAUCCCCAGCCCGGACGAGCUUAGCUUGAGCGUGGAGGAGGGCACUCCCACAGGAGAGUAAACGGAACGGGUUGAGACUUCAACGAAGCUGAAGCAGCCUCUCCCGGCAUACAUACAUACGUAGCAACUUCAACUCUGGUCAUGCGAGGACGUCGAGAAUGUGAAGAAAGUGCGUCCGCCUUGCCUCCGUCGCCGCCGCCACCACCACCUCCGUGUAUAGAACAACCCGAGUCCUCACAAUCAGCAGCAGCAUAUGAGCCUCCUACAUGACCUUUCCAUCGAUUCACUUAAGAGAAUUACAGUCACUCGUCCUCUUCCGACAUCACUCUCGUAACAAGGGAGAAUAUUUCCUUGGUUUUGGGCUAUGGUAAUGCUGUCUUGUUUCUCCAUCUCCUCCUGCGGCUGCUGAGAAUUACAGUCACCUUAGUUUCUUUUUUUUUUAUUUGAUGUCUUUUUUCUCUUCUUAUAUCCUAUAUGCCCAUCACGAUUGUUCAUCAUCUCUAUUCUAUAUGUCCUUUUUUUAUCUUGUUGCGAGGGUCUUAUAUCA